AUGGACAAAAAUAUAUUUGUGUUUCUUCUUUGGAUGCUAACAGGUAUGGAUGAAACAAAUUUAGAGUAACAUCUUCCUUUUUAGAAAAACUGUUUUCGUACACCACUGUAUUCAAUUACCUGCUAUACACAAUUGCUAAAAGACGCUUAAUUUUAUAAACUUUUCAUAUACUUUUCACAAAUUCACGAAUUCUACCGUUUCUUUAUAUAUUCAGCCAUUUUAUGUUCCCCACAAAUCUCUAUUUACCUAGACAUAGACUAGCUUUCUAAACGAGUCAAAUAUUCAGGCAUCAUUAGAGCAGGAAGUCAAAUAUUCAGGCAUCAUUAGAGCAGGAAGUCAAAUAUUCAGGCAUCAUUAGAGCAGAAAGUUACAAGUCAAAUAUCCAGGGAUCAAUAGAGCAGAAAGAAUCCACCAGACAAAUACUGCGUAUUAAGAAUCUAGAGCAUCCUGCUCAGGGAAUUAUUUCAAUAACUUGGAAAAAAGAAAGUAAGAGAGCUUAUCACUCGCAAAACCAUCGAAUUUGCUUUUAACUAUAAAGGCUUUCGAACUUGCUCUAUAAAUAAUAGUAUCGAGUGUCCAUAACAGCUAUAUAUAACCUGAUGCUUGUGAUGUUACUCUGAGUGCAUAUAUCCACACCGGGAAAGCUUGAAAAAUAUGCCUGGCCACGGUGAGAAUCGAACUCCACGACCUUUGGAAUACUAUAGCUCAAUGCUCUGCCAACUGAGCUACGCGGUCAGGUCGGUUCGAGUAUGUGAUAUUUCGGAACUGAGUGUCUGAGUCUAGUUCCUUCGAUAUCAAUGCAAUCUAGUAUGAUUUUUCUGUGUUGGUGUAAUGUACUCAGGUGAAUAAGAUGCUUGUGAUGUUACUCUGAGUGUAUAUCCACACCGAGCAAGCUUGAAAAAUAUGCCUGGCCACGGUGGAAAUCGAACCUACGACCUAGUUUGGAACACUUCCCACCGUGGCCAGGCAGAUUUUUCAAGCUUGCUCGGUAUGGAUAUACACUCAGAGUAACAUCACAAGCAUCUUAUUCACCUGAGUACAUUACACCAAAACAGGAAAAAUCAUCAUUACUAGAUUGCAUUGAUAUCGAAGGAACUAGACUCAAUUCCGAAAUAUCACAUACUCGAACCGACCUGACCGCGUAGCUCAGUUGGCAGAGCAUUGGGCUGGUAUUCCAAAGUCGCGGGAUGUUUGAAAAAAGUUUUUCCGGACUUUAAAAAAAGGGUCAAGUUAAAUUAUAAACAUAAACCAGCUAAAUUAAGGGUAAAAAAAAAUUUCCGUACAAAUUCCUGUUAAACCAUGGGUGCAACCCUUAUUUUUGGACAAAUAUCUGUAAAAUUUACGUCUAUGAAUUCCAGACAAUUCCCUCUGAAAGCCCUGUAAGUUACUUAAUAACUCUACAUUCUAUCAUUUAAAAUCUUUGAUUGCCCUGCCAAUCCAGAUAAUUCGCCCAGGGGGGUAUAGAUACCCCCUAUACCCCCUCAAGUUUCUGGAAUCAGGGUAACUGUUCACCUUGAUCUGAAGACAAGACCAGGGACGCCGGAACGAUGUGAAGGCAAGGGGGCAGGUUUUCGUGAAAGGGCACUUUUGAAUUGAUAUAUACUAAGAGAUGUUUGCAAAACAUCGGGAGUUGAACUUCGCCAUCAUGUUUUCUAUUUAUUGGAUGAUAGGGGUGUGAGGGGGUUCUCCGCCAGGCGUUUGUGCUAUUCUUGAAGCUCGAUGACUGCAUUUCUUGCGUUUUCUGAAGCAAAUUCGUAAAAGAAUUGCACUAACAUUUCUGACAAUUCGCUAUUUCGCUAAGGCAAUCCUUUAAAUCGAAAGGGCACCUUUGCCCCCCUUGCCCCUCCUGUUAAAGGACGUAUACUUUGCACGUUCAUCAAUCGUGGGAUAUUAAGAUCUGAUUCCACGAGAGCUUUUUCUCAGGGAAAUGCGAAACAUUUCGCACGAAAUGAAUUCGUGCAUGCGCAGUAAAGAUAGUCUUUCGAGAAAACAUUUCGCUUCGCCAGUGAGUAGAAGUCAGUUCUACUCACUGCGAAAGUGAAUGAAAAUUCAAUAGAAUCACUCAUGUGCAACCAUCCAUAUUUCGCAAACACAUUUUCGCGCUACAAAUUUCGCCGUCAUGGAAUCAGGCCUUUAAUUACAGGCUUUGCGAAUAAAUAUUGAAGUGUUUAACUUUCUAUCUUUCCAUUCAUUUAGCUACAUACUAUGUAGAAUGCGGUACACGAGGCAAGCCAAAGCGAGUAACAGCCACGACUGAGCCACAUCCUUAUACAAUUUCGUUCUUCACAUUUCCGCCCGGAGCCGCCAACGAGCUUUUAGAACCAAAACGAGAAUCAAAAAGAGACAAUGAAGGUACGAAAAAGGAAUAAUUGAUAGUUACAUAAAAGAUGGGGUAAUUUAUCUUUUAUACUACAAAAUACUUACACAGUCAUAACAAUUUGUUUAUUUACUCCUUCUUCUAUACUUUUUUCUUUUUCAUUAAUUUCAUCAGGGGGGGGGGGGGUGGAGGAAACAGAGGGGCUGGAAAACAAUUCGGCCCCCGCCAGGAAAACUUGCAAUUGAAUUUUAAAAAUAAACUGCGCUGAUUGGCCAAUUAAUGAUAAUAAUAAUAAUCCAUCCUGAUUCACGGAUAGCAUAGACUCGCAAAUAAAUGAUAGUGAAAGAAUUCAUGAAAGGGUCUAACAAAAGAUAUAUGGAAGACUCUGAGAAUGCCAUUCAUUUGAACUCAACUGAAUGUUCUAUUUUCAAGAUUUGUCUACUCAUCAAAAGAUAAAACAAGCGGCAACAGGGACAGACUCGAAGGCGAAAGAAGAUAAGAAGUCAUCUGACGUUUCCAAAGAAACUAAGUUGUCUUCAAAAGUUUCCAAGAUAACAGAGAUAAAAAAGGUCAAAAAACAAAAAGACAAGAAAAAGCACCAUCAGCCUAAGGAGAAGCCGAAAAUUUUAGAUAAGGGUGGGAAAAUAACUGAGGAUGAUCUUGACCGAGGAAGACAUAGAGUCCAACCUCUAGAGCCAUGGAGUCUUGGUCCAUUUCAUAAUAAAAUACAGUUUAAUAAACAUCAUACCACUAAUACGGAACAGUAAGUAAUAUACUGAAAUUGUUUUUAUACAUUUAUCCUCAGUGCAUUUUUAAGGAUUCUUCAGUGGUGGGGCAAAACUGCCAAAGGGCCCAUUUUCCUUGCCCUCCCCCCAGCAUAGUAUGCGAUCGCCGAAGUAAUUUUUCUCCAUAGACAGUCGGACUCCUCAUUGAUAGUCGGACACAUCAUUAACACGCACCCUUAAUCAAAACAUUCAGCGGAUACUCUUCUUAAUAUUAGAUGCGCUUCCCAGUGUGUCUUGCGCGCGCAAUUGGUAAUUUCAAAAUAUUGGUUGGUUCAGAUGCCAAAAUCUGAGCAGGACACAUUGUGGCUUCAUAUCUUUUUUGGUGAUCACAUCUGACAUAUUUUAUUAAGUUAUAUAUUUCGCCAUUCCCACUUACUUUUCUUUGCUUUUGUAACUCUUUUUUGUAACUCUUUUCUUUGCUUUUGUAAUUCUUUGUAAGUUUCAUUGUUUUUGAUUCCAUAAUUCAGAACAAAUAUUAAUAAGAUCUGGAUAGGAGACAAUAAGAUCUCAAAUACUAGUAUAUACGUAUCCAGUGAAAUAGUGGCCGGGCUACAUGAUAUAUUACUAGUACUAGCAUGGGCGGGUAUUCUGCAGUACGUCCUCUCUUCAAUUGGGAUGACAUAUAGUUUUAACUCGCAAUAACAAUUUUUGAGUGUUCACAGAACCAGAAAAAACAAGUUUGUAGAUUUACUAUGGCAUCGCAAAGCAAAUCGUCCAUCUUUUUACAUGUGGUCGAAGAAGAACAACGUGGAGUGAUAGAUAUAUGGUGUACCAGUAGGUUACGCAAGGUACGAAGGGAUAAAUCGAUAACGCGCGGAGACCUGGACGCAGAUCAGUGAUGCGUCCAGCUAUCAAUGAGACCCACCAAGGGGUUAUGACCGACAAGCAACAUUCCUUAAAAAGAGGCGACAGACUAUCUAAAAAAGAGCGACAAACAACAGCUUCUGACUGGGAAAAAGCGACAAAUUGCGAUUUGUGUUAUAGGUCAAAAGUGACAGCGACAUUUAUUACAAUAAAACAAGCGACUACGCAGCUACAAAAUGAGUGACAAGCGACCUGGGUUACAUAGGCCUCAUCAAUGAGGAGUCCGACUGUCUAAGGAAAAAAUUUGCAUCGCCGAAUGUGUGAGCGGCGUGCCGCAGGCACAAGUUUAUUGAUUAGGGGGUUGAAGCUGGGGGCAUGUCCCCCAGGAAAUUUUUAAAAUUGGGUCUCUGAAAUAGCAUUUCCUGCAUUCUGAGAACACAUUUUAAAUGCUAAAAUUUGUAAUAAAUUCCAUGCUAAACAUUCAAACACAACAUAAGUUUAAGUAUGCUCACCAAGAAAUUUUGAUUUUUAACUAAACUUCAAUGGUAAACUCAUUUACCCAAUACAGGUCCUAGGGCCCUGGCUUUGGGGCAAUAGGCCAUUUUUUUCUUCAGUGGUGGGGCAGAGGAAGGGGCCUAGUGGGGAAAAUGCCCCACCAGUCCAUGGUAUUAAAAAAUGCCUUGAUUUAUCCUGCCUAUGUUCUUCAAAUUAUCUCUCCCACAGGAAUUGUGUUUUUAGGUUUUCUAGGUAUAUCAUAAGUUUUUUGAAGAUAAUAUCAACUGCAUCUUGUCUUCAGGUCCACAAGAUCAUUACAUAUUAUAGAUUUUAUUAAUAAGCACUUUAAUUGUUAUACGGUAACCGUAUGUUCCAGUUAAAUUCGAAAAGAAUUAGUCCUCCUAGCCUACAAUGCAUAUUUCACUCGCCCAGUUAUGAAUAAUAUACUUUGCUUGCACAUGACGUCACUACGUGUCAUUAGGCGCGAUCUUGGUUGAUUGUAAAGUUUUGUCCAGCCGUUUACAUCGAAAUAGUUGAGUUACUUUGAUAUUUUUAGUCUGUUUUGAAAACAUCUUACCGUAUUAUGCAGAGCCUUUUUAAGGAUUUUCCCAGGGGGGGGGGGCAUUUUUUGAAAAGGGAUAUAAUAUAUGGGAUAUAAUAUAUUAGAGGGGGAUAGCAAUGUCUGAAGGCUACGUGUGUCGCCAAUAUACCACGCCGGGGGAGUACUCCCCCAGAAAAUUUUUGAAAUUUGAAUCCCAGAAAUCUCAUUUACUGCAUUCUGAGCAUCCAAAUUUGCUCCAAAAUUUAUGCUAACUAUACUUGUAUUUGAAAUAAAAAAAGGAAAAAAUGGACAAAAAGUGAAAAAAAUUAACCAUCAUUUAUCAUUACUUAUUAGAGGGAUAAUCCCCAGAAAAUUUUUGAAAUUUGAAACCCGGAAAUGCUAUUUCCUGCAUUCUGAGCAUCCAAAAAAUAAAAAAAUUAUUAACAAUAAUUUAUCAUUAGUUAGUGGUAGAAAAAAGUAACAAUUUAAAUCGAUUUUGUUAAACAAGGACAAAGGAUAAAGCCUAAAACUUACUUUCCGUUUAUGUAUUUGUUAAUCUUCGCUGGUUUGUUUCUAUAAUUUUAGGGAAAAGGGACUUUUCCUGGGGGGGCAAAAUGUGAUUUCGUGGGGGGGCACAAGGGGGGACUGGGGGGGCAUUUGCCCCCCCCCAGCUUGUAUGUUAAAAAAGGCCCUGGUAUUAUGGAUAGUUUACGAUUUCUGGCGCAAUACGACAAAGAAUGAAGAAUAUAGAUUUUUAGAUGGCGUCGAUUAAACGAACAAUUACUUUAAUAGGACUGAAACUGACUGAGGUUCAAAUCGUUCUUGAGAUUCCUUAUGAUAUUUAUUGGGUUUUAUUUACACUUUUUAUAGCUUUAUAAGUGAACUGUGUUUACUGGACUGUAAUUUUUUCUUUAAUUCUAGAGCUGAAUCGUACCAGGAAGGCAGCAUUAGCCAUCCAUCACACACAAUGUACCCAAAGUGCCACCACUGUUCCAGUAACUCCUCAUACGAAGAUUGUUCGAGUAAAACAACUUUAAAGAAGUGUGAUAGUGGUCUGAACAAUAUUUGUUAUACAAAGAGUUUUCGCAGUAGUUCACGUGGUGUUAUUUACGAAAUGGGUUGCUCAAAUCAUAAAACAUGUCGGAAGGCAAAGGCUGCUCCAUGCAAAGGUAAACUAUAAAUAGACAACAAACAACAAACAACAAACAACUAAACAACAAACAACACCCAUACAGAUAGAAGGCAGACUGCAAAAAGAAUCGUGGCAUCAAUUAUUUCUACUCAAUACAUUUUAGGAGCAAUGAAGAAAUGUUUCGUUUGCUGUCAAUUUAACGGAUGUAAUGCACUGGAACAUCACUAUUUCCAGUCCCCUGAAAGCAACGACGAUGAUAAUCUUGGAUAUUCAGCAUUUAACAAAGCGACCAGAUCUUGGCAGUCAACGUGGAGUUCCCUGCUUUCUCUUAGCUUAUCACUGGUUGUUUGGAUACUGACGUGAUAUGUGCCGUGCAUGUUACGGACAGGUUUGCAAAAAAAUAAAGAAAAUAAAAAAAAAGGAAUAAAGACAAAACAUUCAUUGUGGUAUCGCUGUUAAACUAUAACAUUAUACACUUUUUAUAUGAACUCACAGAUACGUUAAUAUUGUUCACGUUUAAUUAUACAGAAUCUAUAAUGGCAAAAAGAAAUAUAUAUCGUGUCUGUAAUAUUCAACAAUCUAAUAAACAGAUCUGUCAAUCAAAGAUUUGUCCAGGGAAACGUUAUAGGUUAAAUAUAUACAGAGCCUGUAUUACUCAGAAUCACAAUAAUCAGCCAAGUAAACUCAGUCUAGUGGUAAAAUAAAGAAGUUGUGUCAAGGUCGUUUAUUUACUACGGACUAGAUGAUUUUGUGCUAAUUUAAUAAACGCACAUGAUCGAUUGAGAUAAGGUACCAUCUUUAAAUUAUGCACAAUAUAUGAUAUUUCAAAAUGUUCUAUUAAGGCUGGUUUACACGAUCAAAGUUUCUGUGAUCACAAUAGGAAUUUAGCAUAGAUCAAUUAUAAGUUUUGAAAGAUUUUUAAGAAAUAUUGGAGGGAACUGACUCAGUGCUUUCCCCAUUCCUAUUUCUCACGAUGUUUAUUUGACACAAAACAAAGCUUUCAGAACAGCAGGUUUCAUAAUGCGAA